AUGGCUAGGAACCGUAAGACGGCCACUUCGGUCAACUCGAGCACGGUGUCGUCGGCACUGUCCUCACGAUAUCCGUCACGAGCAUCUUCACCUGAGCCUCCAAGACGGCCCUUUCGUUUCUUCGACCUGCCGUCAGAGCUUAGGUUGAGGAUCUACGAGGAGUUGCUAUGGGCAAACAGGCCGGUAGAUUUGGACCCAGACAACUUCCGUAUGAUCCUGCCCCGCCUGGCACUCUUCCUCGUCUCCCGCCGAAUGCACGAAGAAGCAUACCGCGUCUUCUUCGCCCAGACCAUCCGCCUCUUCCCGCAAACCAACCGCUUCUACCACACCAAGAAGCCUCUCCUCCAACGCCUACCGAUACACUACCGCAACGUCAUCAACACCAUGGACCUUGUGUUUGGUCCUGGCUGGACGAAGCCACCACGCUGCCAGAACAUCAAGCCAGAUCUUGGCUUGCUAGACUGCACCAACCUGCGCACGUUGAAGAUCUUCGUCACAAUCGAUCCGAGUGAGCCAGUCUUUAAUGGUUUCCGCGGAGAAGGAGCUACGGAAGAUACGUACAAGUGGUUCUGCGUGGACCUGUUGAGGGGCAUCUUGGAGCAAGUGCCCAGUUUGGAAACCAUUGAAAUCGAUGCCAAUACUUCGGUGAAGAAGCAUGGACCGCUUCUGUCUGCACUGCGCAGAACGGUCGAAGCUGGGAAGAAGAGACUGAUCUGGGGACCUCGUAAACAGCUAGACACGGAUGAGGAGGAGCCUGAGAUCGUUGCCCUAGAUGGUGCAAUGGCAUCUAUGGCUAUCUCGAACGAGGCUCCGCUGGCUGUCACUGUUCAGGCCUAG